AUGUCUAGAAAUACCUUUUUUCAUUGUCGCGGAACGGUCAGCAGCCACGUGGCAUUUAAACAGUUGCGCUUCGUCUUUGUAUAUUUUGCCGCCUUCACUAAGAAGAACUCUUUAAUGAUAUCGGAAUUCUGCGAAAUGUUAAUUUCAAACUUCAGAAAUUGCCUGAAAAUUAAGUCCCUUUGA